GAGUGCUAUCAGGUGUGUGGUCACUGGUGUGAACCAUUGGGUGAACAUCUGUGAAACAGUUACGUAGAAGUUGGUAUCAUAAUGAAGAGUAAUAAAGCUGUAAUUUCUUCUUGUGAGAAAGAUUUUAUUCUUUCAUGUAUUCGUAAAGGAAAGCGUUUAGAUGGACGUAAUACAUAUGAUUAUAGAGAGUUGAAAAUAUCUCUUGGCUUGGAAUAUGGUCAUUGUGAAGUAUUGUUGGGGAAGACAAGAGUUCUUGCCCAGGUUUCAAGUGAAGUUGUCAGCCCCACUGUUAACCGUCCAUCAGAAGGACAAUUGUUUUUCAAUGUGGAACUUUCACCAAUGGCAUCUCCUGCUUAUGAAGUUGGAAGAAUGUCUGGGCAGAUGGUUGAGUUAAACAGACUAUUGGAAAGAGUGUAUAAGCAUUGUGAAUGUGUUGAUGUUGAAGCCUUGUGUAUUAUAGCAGGAGAAAAGGUUUGGUCAAUCAGAGUUGAUAUUACAAUCAUGGAUGAUGGUGGAAAUAUUGCUGAUUGUGCUUCAAUUGCUGCAAUUACUGCAUUAUCUCAUUUUAGGCAUCCUGAUGUUGAAAUAUCUGAUCAGGAUUUCACCAUUUUGCCAGUAACAGAACGACAUCCAGUAUCCCUGGGUAUCCAUCACACACCCAUUUACAUCUCCUUCUCAUUUUUUCACAAUGGGGAAUUUUUAUUGGUUGAUGCGACAGAUAGAGAAGAGAGGGUGAUGGAAGGACAAAUGAUGAUAGCGAUGAAUAUUAACCGCGAAAUUUGCACAAUUCAAAUGAAUGGAGGAUUGUGUCUUGAAAAAGAUCAGAUUCUCAGAUGUUCGCAGAUUGCUCGCGUCAAAGUGGCUGAAAUUACGGAACUAAUACAGAAAGCGUUAAGAAAUGAUGAAGAGACGAGAAAGAACGGUAAACGACGAGUACAACUAACUAAUACUUAUGAAAAAAUCAGCGAAAUAAAUAAAGAUUCUUCACAUAUUAAUUCAAAGAAAGUGCUUAAAAUGGAUACAUCAAAAGAUACACAAAUAGAAAAAGAGAACACGAAAGAGUCGCAAUUUGUUGUCAGAUUAAAGGGAUUUAAUACUGCGGAGAUUGGUCAUGGCGGCUGGAAUACAUGGAUAAAUGAUGACACAAUGGAAUUUGAUAGUGAUCAAUUAGUAUCUGAUGAUACGAAUAAGAAACGGUUGUUUACAGGGGACAUGUCUUGUUCAAGUAGCGAAGAAGACACAAUUUUAUUGACAUCUGCAGACUAAUUUCUAAGACAGCAUUGCUUCAGGAUUUUCAAGAAGAUCAUCGGCGUCGACGACAAUAGGACUUUGGUCUAACUCUUUAACAACAAAUUCAUACAAGUCCAACAAUUCGCGAAAUCCAGCUUCUUGUGGAUCGAAAUAAUCCCAACCGGUCUUCUUUGAAUUUAUUGAUGCAUGAUAAAGAGAAGGAACAGCUUUCUUUGGAUUACGAAUGAGAAAGGAAUGUUUGAAAUUUCUAAGACCUUUCUGUCGAAGAAUUUCAAAAUUAUCCUUCAGAUAAUAAGCCAUAUCUUUGGAGAAGACAAAUUUCUUUCCUUCGUGUUUGGCCGAAAGACUUUUACUGAUAGCAUCCAAAGUACCAUCAAGUUGAUCAGGAAUAUUUCUGUAGCGGUCACUUUUACGGUUAGGAGCGAAAUAAUAGAAUUGGGAAAAAGGCUCAUGAAAUAUUUUACCAUUGUAAAGAUUUAUUAUUGCUCGUUGAAAUGCUGUUGAUAUGCAACGUGGAGCAGUCCAUAAAAAAACUCGCGUCUGAUCUUCUAUUGAUGACAUCUUACUCAAUUUUAACUAAAACAAAAAGUAGAUUGUUUAAAUUAUCCAACAGCUGAGUUUAAAUCACAUAUUAAUAAUUUAUUGUGUUUUCUUAUCAGUUUGAUCAACAAUUAUAUUUGCAUUUCAAAUUUCA